AUGCGCGCCUUCAUCGUUCUGUGUUUAGUGGCUGCGGCCUCCGCUGACAAAUUGGGUUACAACUACAGCCCAGUGGGACAUUCCGACUCUGGACUAUCUUUUGUACCCGGUGGCUCUGCAGGUAGCAUUGGUGGCUUAGGCGGCAGUGGAGGACUCGGAGGGAUUGGUGGCAAUGCAGGCCUUGGAGGCUUGGGAGGUUUAGGAGGCUCAGGAGGUCUAGGAAGUCUUGGUGGUCUAGGCGGUAGUGGCAGCUUUGGUGGUCCCAGCGGGUUUGGUGGAUUGGAAGGUGGUUUGGGCGGCAUCGGUGCUCCAGCUGUUGGCUCCGGAAGCGUUGGUCCAUCUUACUCAGCACCCGCUGAAUACAGCAAAGAGUUCUUCUCUUAUUCCGCUGCCGAACAGGACUUUGACGAUGCUGAUGCCGCUCAACAGGCAGCCAUCUCUCUGAAAAAGAACUUACGUGUUGUUUUCAUUAAGGGACCCGAAAACACCGGUCUCGAAAACGCUGCCCUCCAACUGGCUAAACAUGCUGGCGAAGACCAAACCGCUAUCUAUGUUUUGCAAAAACAAAGCGACAUCUCAGAUUUGGCUAAUAAACUUAAUGCCAUCCAGUCUCAGAGCAGCCAUAAACCCGAGGUGCACUUCGUCAAAUACCGUACUCCUGAAGAUGCCGCCAAUGCUCAACAAGCUAUCCAAUCGCAAUACAACCAAUUGGGUGGAGACUCCCAAUCGCACAAUGGAGGCGUGGCCCCAGUGCACAACUUCGCUUCCCAAGCUCCAGUUCGCGCUCCCGAAGUACAUGCUCCACGCAACGCCUACUUGCCCUCUUCCAUCAUCCGCGUCUAA